CACAUCUACACACUACACACACACACACACACACAAAGCCCUUCCUUGCCAAAGGAGGAGGAGAUGGAGGGAAGCAGGGGAUUCGUAGUAGAGCAUUGAAGAAGAGAAGGAAGGAAGGGAAGAAGGAAAGAAAGAAGGAAGGAAGGAGGAGGCUGGGUGCUUUGCAACAACCUACAAGGAAGGGAUCCUUGGGAUCUGAAAUCCAGGAGAGGGAUCCUUCUUGGGAUCUAGCAGGGAACAAAUCCCCUCUCUCUGCUGCUGGACUUGGGAAAGAAAAAAGGAGCAGAAGAAGAAGAGAAGGAGAAAGCCAAGUAUCCUUUGCAACCUUGGAAAGGGAGAUCCCUUUGCAAAGAAAGGAUCCACUUGAUCACUGGGAUCCUCUCCUUUCCAAGCCAGAGAAAGGAGACAGAGAUCUGGGGGAAUCCUAAAAGCAAGAUUCCAGCAAUGCCUCUCCCGGUUUGGUUCAACCUGCUGCUGCUUUUCCCCAGCAUUGCUACCUCCAGGAUUUGCUUCCCAGGAUGUCACUGUGAGGUGGAGAGCUUUGGUCUCUUUGACAGCUUCAGCCUAACCAAGGUGGACUGCAGUGGCCUUGGGUCUCAUAUUGUGCCUGUACCCAUUCCACUGGACACAACCUACUUGGAUCUAUCAUCUAACCAUCUGGAAUCUCUCAAUGAGUCUAUGUUGUCGGGACCUGGAUAUACCACCCUGGUUAGCCUGGACUUGAGUUACAACAAAAUCUCCAGGAUUGUUUCCACAACCUUCUCGAGACUCAGAUAUCUAGAGUCUUUGGAUCUGAGUCAUAACUCUUUGGUUGCCCUUCCAGAGGAUUGCUUCUCCAGGUCACCCCUGGGAGACAUUGACCUGAGCAACAACCUCAUCCUCGAGAUCACGAUGGAUGUGUUUGCAUCGAAAGGUCAACGGAAACCGCUUAACGUUGACCUCUCCAACAACUUGAUAAGCCUGGUUUCAAGACACCAGGACAAAGCCAUCCCCAAUAUUCAGAGCUUAAAUCUGUCUGGAAACAGGUUGAAAAACAUCCCACGCCUUCAAGGAAUACCUCUCCGGUACUUAAAUCUCGACGGAAACCCAGUCUCAGCCAUCAGGAAGGGGGCAUUCUCUGGAUUGAAGGAUUUAAUCCACUUGUCACUCAGUGGUAUUUAUGCCCUUUCAGAGAUUUCGCCAUAUGCCUUCAAAGACCUCCCUGCUCUCCAAGUGCUAGAUUUAUCCAACAAUCCCAACAUUCACUCGUUGGAUGCGGAAGUCUUUUACAGCCUCAGUUCCUUGCAAGAACUCAACUUGUCGGGUACCGGUGUAGCCACAUCUUUGUCAAAAACAAUGUUGAAAUAUUUGCCUUCCAUCAAAAGUGUCACCUUGGGCAAGAAUGUCAAGUGUCUAAAGACAGUUCGAGAGGGCCAAUACCAUCGACAGAUUGGGCUGACCAAGAAAGAGAUCCUAAGCUGCCAUGACAGUCAUGGGUCAAUAGCACCCUAUGCUUUGUGACGGGGGCUGUACAAGAUGGACACAUUUCCAGACUUAAAAACAAAAAAACCACCACAUGUGCCUUGUGUAAAAAUGUUUUAAUUUAUAUAUUUUGUAUAUUUCAACAUUUGAUUACAAUGAUUAAUUGAGAAA